AUGUCCCACUGCCAAAUGUCGCUGCUCAGCUGUCGAGUAAACGACGUUUCCAUGAUAUAUUUCAUGUUCAUUUAGGCCCCCCUUUACUCGCGCGUCUGUGACGGUGUAUAUCCUAUGAACCGUAUUAGGCGAUGGCAGUAAAGUCGGGCCAUGGAAGGCGGUGCUGGAGCGGAUUCGGGGGAGCCUGGCCACCAAAGUCGGGGCAGGUCGCGAAAAGGCAGUAGGUCCGGGCGACGGAGCCGAAGCAGCUCCCAGCAAGCACGGAGCACCUUGCGGGCCCUGCUUCUUGAUGCCGACAACUCCGACGGCACCCCAGGCCAGGAUGGCAGCGGUGUAGCCGGCACGCGUGUGGAUCCACCUAUGGCAGGACGCGACGCAAAUGAUGGAAGGGUGUUAGCAGAGGCCAAGGUCGACGCGGCAGCAGCCCUUCAGUUUCCGGCGGGCCAUAUGGCCAUGCAAGCAGCCCACGACCCAGCUAGCGUGGGAAUGCUGCCCGAUGCCUUGGGCGCGGCGCGCAUGCCGCCGCCCCGACUAUCAGCAGCAAGCUUUGUCAGCUUUGUUGCAGCAACGCCGGCCGGCAGCUCGCUGAUUGAAGGGGACGGGGACGGGGACGGUAUUCCCGCUACGCCCACAGAAGAGCUGAACCUGGGAGCUCUCGCUGGCUUGCGCGGUAUAGCGCAGGGGCUUGCCGAGGCAGCACUGCGCGAGCCGCAGCCCGUGCUUCCAGACGAUGCUAACGCCAUGAUGGGUGGGCUGGCGCAGGUGGGCACAGUUGCUCCACUGACGGAAGCACUGUUGCAGCAACAGCAGCAGGAACAGCGGGAGCAGCACCAGCACCCUGGUGGUGACCUUCUGGCGCGGCUGCUGGCGUCGAGCUCAGAGGAGGAGCAGCGGCUGCAGGGCGGGGGCGCAAAUCGCGACGCCCAUGGCACUGACCAGCACGUGGAGGGCAACCUAGCUCUAAAUGAGCAGCCGCCGCACGCAGCCAGAAUUGUCGAUGUGCCCCAUGUCGGCGGCGUCCGGGUGUGCAGCUCUGCAGGCGCGUCUAGCCCAGGGUGCAAAGCUGGGCAGCCGGAGCCGGAGCCGAGAGCAAACGCUAUGGCUAAGGGCCCGGCGCUCGGAGAUGGUGCUGGUACCAGCCCAUUCGUCCCGGAGCGACUUGGCAGCGGGCGCCCAGCCACGGACGUUGCAGCUGGCGCUGACGGAAGUGCCGCUGCUGGCGCCGGCCAGCGGGCCCCUCCAGCAAGAUGUAGUGCCGUAUGUGUCCCCGGGGUUCGGCAGGGCGGCACCUGCUCACCCGCUGUGCAGCGGCGAGCAGGCGCAAUAGGCCGGAGCGGCGUCACAUAUGAGCCGCUGCCUCUGCAGCCAUCCAAGGGCAGUCCGCAACCAGGCCACCUGCCAACGGCACCGGGGUCGGGUCGGGGUCCUGGUAGCGGAUCGGCAUCCAAGCCCGGCGGGGAGUCCAUUGGAGGUGCGGGAUACGGCUGCAGCAAGCUGACAAGUGGAGGCGGCAGCGGCACUUGCAGCGACAGUGUGCACACGUCGCGUGCGAAGCUCAGUCUGGCCAGCAAGCUGCUGGCGUACUCCGGCAAUCCAUCAGUCAGCCCCCUCGGCAUGGAGUUCCCCUCGCGCGUCAGUUCCGUCGCGGUCCCGCAGCUGCAGUUCGCCCCCAGCACAGGAGGGAGGCCGACAUGCGCCGCGGGGCCAGCGGUGGUUAACAGUGCGCAGAAGUCCCACAUGGUCAGCGGCGCCCAUGCUGGUGCCGCGGCGGGUCAGGCACCUGCUGCGCAUCAGUUGAUGGUGACGGCGGCUCCCAGCAAUGUGGAUGGCGCGGCGGCGCAUGCCGGCAUGUUGCCUGGCGGUGCGGCGUUUGCAGGUGCCACCGCUGCAACCGCCGCCACUCUGUCAGUGGGCUGGGACCACCGCACGCCGGCGUGCCAACCCGUCAAGGGCUUGUUAGCUGCUGCGGCCGCGAAAGCAGCGGCAGCGAGCGGCGCGCCGAGCAGUGCCAACAGCACGCCCUUUGAUGACGAAAUGCUAGCAGCCCUAGAUUCCCUGGAGCGACGCGUGACGGCAGCUACGGGGCAGGCGGAUGUAGACGCGGGUGCAGGCGGGAGUGCCACAGCACAUGGGUCGGACCAAGUGGCUAACCCAAAUCCUUCCAGCGUCGGCGGCGGGCCUGUUCAGACUGCAUUGGAGCUUCUGGACAAGCAGCAGGGCAGGCCGGCGCAGCAGCAGGAGCCUGCAUGGGGUGGCUUUCCAAGGCUCAACCAGCCGGGGCGGCCAGCGUGGCAGCAGCAAGACGCUUACCCCCAGGCGCGAUCCGAGCACCAGCCGCAACACCAGCCGCAGCAUGUGCAACCAGGGCACGGUGGCAGCCGUCAUGAGCAGCAGGGCAUGCAGCCUGAGCUGAUGGGGCUGCCCCAGCAGGCAAGCCACGGCGGCGCACCAGCAGAUUUGGGCGCGGGUGCGUCGGGUGGGGGCCGCACUCCAGAACUGCCAAUCCACACAGCAUAUGCUCAGCCGCAACCGCAGGGCGGGAACGCCAGCGCGGCUGAUGUGACAGCUCAGAAGGCCGGUUCAACGGGCCCGACACCCGAGAUGGAGUCGGGUGGGCUCUUUGCUGCGCUGGAUGCUUUGGAGGAGAGGCACCGGUUGGCUGAGGUGGGGGCGGCAGCGGUCGUGGCAGCCGCAGCCGCAGCCGCAGCACCCGACGGUGAUGGCCAGCAGGGCCAGGCACGAGCAGCCUCGCCGCGCCUUGCCGCGGCUGGAAGAGCCGACCACCAGCAGCCUGGCGCAGCCUCCGCGGGCAGCAGGCGUAUCGACGGCGAGUCUCCGUUGCCAGUCAAGCAGUUGGCAUUCACUCCCUUGCACGUCAGGCACGCACAGCAGCAGGAGGCGCAGCAGGCCAGGCCGCCAGAGCGGCCGCAAGGAUACAACCCUUACCUGCCGCCCCAGCACCCCGACCAGGGCAAGGCCCUCGCUAAUGACCGGCCGCAAUCUGAACAGGAGCAGCGGCCGGCGGUGUCCGGGCCGCCACAGCAACAGCUGCAUGUAUCCUCUUAUGGGCUGCAAGGUGGCUCGGGGCAGCCAUCGGCCCCCAACCCAAUUCAAGAAGCUGGAGUACGGCCUCUUACUGGGGUCCAGCCGGGCGGACAGCACGCUCAGGCUCCAGGACAAGCGGGCGCUUCUGCUCUGGGUCUGCCGCCCCGGCCUCCCAGCGCCCAGACAAACCGGGCAGCGCCUCAGCACCUGCAGCAGCAGCGCCGGCAGGAGGCCUUCCAACAUGCGCACCCACCUGCUGGGUACUCGUGUGGACCGCCACCGGCACUGCAGCAGCAGCUGCAGCAGCAACCCCAGCAGCAACAGAAGCAACAGCACUUUCACCACCACCAGCCACAACAGCUGGCUUCCAUGGCAAUGCAGCAGCCGCUGCAACAGCCGUUUCACCCGCCUGGACACGUAAGUGCACCGCCGCCGCAGCCCAUGCAGCAGCAGCCCAUGCUGCAGCAGCAGCCACCGCAUCCUCACGCCACUAGUCACCAGCUGGGUCAGGCUCGUAGCCUUGCAGGGGACCAGCAUGGGCAUGAGCGGCAGCCACAUGAGGACAACGCGCACGGGCAGCAGCCAUCUUGUAACCCGGCAAGCGCGGCCGCUGCACCCGUCUCAACUUUCAUGGCAGGCGUUAGCGGGCCUGGUACGGGGCUUCCAGGCCCCACAGGACACACAAAUGUCACAGGGCCGGAGCCAGGCCCAAGGCCUGGGGCUGUGGCCGAGGCGGGAGCAGGCACAUCUUCCCAUGAUGUUGGCCAAUCUACAGCUCAGCCUGCCGCCCCGCCUGCGGCCCCGCUUGCAGCACCGCCGGUGGCUCCGCUGGCUCCUGAGGUUGACAACGGCAGCAGCGAUGAUGACGAUGACGCAGAAGCGUACGCGGCGGCGCUGACGCAGCGCGCUGUGGUGGAGGGUCAGUUGCGCCAGCGCCGGCGCUCAAUCGCACUCGAUGGCCACACGCCACGCGGCGCAGCUGGUGGCAGCCAGGUCGGCUCCGGCAAUCUGGCAGCGUCGCUGGCAGCGGUCGCCAGUGGCGCAGGCAGCGCAGCGGGUGGGACGCCGAAGGCGCGUGGUGGCGAAGCCGGCGCGGCGUCCACUCCUGAGAAACGCUCUCCGGGCCCCAGCCCCAAUCGCACAGCUGUCGAUCCCGGGCUCGAGCAGGAGGGGCCGGCGGCUGGAGCGGGAGCGGGUGCGACGCCGUCAGCUCAGCCACCACCCGCACCGCCGCGGCAGCUGGAGGCCUACCUGCCGGAGCCGUUGUGCCAAGCCUACUACGACCGCAGCGGGCGGCAGUUUGACCUGUAUGAGUGGCAGGCGGAGUGCUUGUGCCAGAUGGGGGUUCUCAUGGGGCGCAACCUGGUCUACUGUGCGCCCACCAGCGGCGGCAAGUCCAUGGUGGCGGAGAUGCUGGGCAUACGCCGGCUACUGACCACGGGCAAGCCCUUCAUGCUGGUGCUGCCCUUCGUGGCGCUGUGCGCGGAGAAGGCGGACGCGCUGCAGGCGCUGCUGGCGCCCAUCAACCGCACCGUCAACAGCGCGUACGGCGGCCAGACCAGCGGCAAGAUCAUCCAGCCGGGCGUAGGCGCGAUUGUGGCCACCAUUGAGAAAGCCAACAUGCUGGUCAACGCCAUGCUGGAGGAAGAGACGCUGGGCGAGCUGUCGGCCGUCAUUGUGGAUGAGCUGCACAUGGUGGGGGAGGAGGAGCGGGGCUACCUUCUGGAGCUGCUGCUCACCAAGCUGCGCUUCGCCACCUCCGCCGCCGCCACCGCCAACAGCGCGCUCUCAUCGCCGGGCGGCGGCGGCGGGCCGAACGGUAUGACAGAGGUGGAGGAGCCACCAUUUGACUGGACAACAGUGGGGCCGGCCUACCAGCGCGACGGGCUGCAGGUGAUCGGCAUGAGCGCCACCAUGCCCAACGUGGACGUGGUGGCGCGCUGGCUGGACGCCGCGCUGUACAUCACCGACUUCAGGCCGGUGCAGUUGCAGGAGUACGUCAAGGUGGGGCGGCGCAUCAUGGAUGGCUCCGGCGCGCUGGUGCGCGAGCUGGCUCCGGACAAGGGCUGGGAGGACAAGGACACGGACCACGUGGCGCUGCUGACACAGGAGACCGUGCGGGAGGGGCACUCGGUGCUUAUCUUCUGUGCCUCCAAGUUCUGGUGCGAAAAGGUGGCGGAGCAUGUUGCGCGGCUGGUGGCCAUCGCGCAGCGUGACCCGCCGCCCAACGCCGCGGCAGCGGCCGGCAAAGACCCGGACGGCGGGGUAAGCCCGGCGGCGGCGCGCAACGCCCGCGACACGUACGUGCAAGAGCUGCGGCGGCUGUCGGGUGGCGACCCCACCCUGCCCGACCUGGUGGCGCGGGGCGUGGCGUACCACCAUGCGGGCCUGUCCAACGAAGAACGCGACCUCAUCGAGGCCGCCUACAAGGCCGGCGCCAUCUCGGUGCUCACAGCCACGUCCACGUUGGCGGCGGGCGUCAACCUGCCCGCGCGGCGCGUCAUCUUCCGCCACACCUACAUCGGCAAGCAGGACAACCCCAUCGACGCCACCAAGUACCGCCAGAUGUCAGGGCGUGCGGGGCGAGCUGGCAUUGACACGGCCGGCGAGUCCUUUAUCAUUUGCGAGAAGAACCGGCCGGUGGCGCCGCUGCUGGCGCUGAUGCAGCAGAAGGCCAACCCCAUUGCCAGCUGCCUGACCGAGGCGCGCAAGGGCAUGAAGCGGGCAGUGCUGGAGGUGGUGGCGUCCGGCGCCGUGAGCAGUGGCACGGACGUGAAGCGCUUCAUCGCCUGCACGCUCAUCCACGCGCAGCACGGCUUCGGGGCGGUUGCCAAGGCCACUAUCGCCGCGCUGCACUGGCUCAAGGACAACGGCUUCAUCAGGGUGGACGAGGCGACAUUGAACUGGGGCCCCACGCCCUUUGGCAAGGCCACCCUCGCCAGCUCCAUGCCGCCCGAGGAGGCUCUGGUGGUGCGGGCGGACCUGGAGCGGGCGCGCAUGUCGUUGGUGUUGGCCACCGACCUGCACGUCACCUACCUGGUCACGCCCAUCAAGGAGGACCUGCGCGUGGACUGGGAGAUCUACUUCCACUGGUUCGAAAAGCUGUCCAAGGUGGACGCGCGGGUGGCGGAGCUGGUGGGUGUGGUGCCCGGCUACCUGGUCAAGUUACGGCAGGGCCACCGCGGCGCACGCAGCGGCGCCGCCGGGGCGGCCGUCACCGCCGACUCGGAGAAGGAGCGCAUCGCGCGGCGCUUCUUCGCGGCCAUGGUGCUGAACGACCUCAUCCAGGAGGUGCCGCUUAAGGAGGUGGCUGAGAAGUACGGCCUGGGCAAGGAGAAGGGGCCGCUGGAGGGCUUGCAGGAGCGCGCGGGGCGCUUCUCUGCUAUGGUGGCCGCCUUCUGUGAGCGCCUCGGUUGGUCGGACAUGGAGGUGAUUAUCGCCAAGUUCCAGAGCCGUGUGUGGUAUGGCGUGCGGCCCGAGGUGGUGGCGCUGACGGAGAUCCCCUACGUCAAGGGCCACCGCGCGCGGCUGCUGUUCAAGGCGGGGCUGCGCAUGCCGGAGGCGGUGGCGGCCUGCGAGUUUGACCGGCUGCUGGAGAUCCUGUCAGCAGGCGGCGGCGCCAAGAACCCGGAGCAGGAGGAGCAGCAGCGCAAGACGGAGCGCCGCGCCGCGCGCAUGAUCCUGCAGGGAGCCAAGGACCUAGUCAACCAAAAGGUCCAGGAGCUCAAGCAGCAGGCGCGCGCGCUCCGGGCGGCGCUGGACCCCAGAGCGUCACAGGAGCACUCCGCUCCCAUCGACCCCUCGCUGGCGCCGCCAAGGCCACCAGCGCAGGAGGGCUCGGACGCCAGGCGGCCAGGUGCCGGCGGCUCCACCUCAGGCGCCGAGCGCUCCCCAGGAGCCGCCGGCGGGGCGGCGGGCAGCAAGCUGACAGCACGGGCUGCCCACAUGGCAGCCAAUGCCCAGGCCGGCGACCCAGAUGGAGCCGCCCACAGCGCUCCAGCUAAAGGAGGGCGUGAGAAGGACGGGCUCGAGAACGCCGAGGCACGACAUGCAUGCGCCGAGGCCUCCGCCGCGGGCCCGCAUUCGGACGGAGCAGCUGGGGGCGCGAGGCAGCAGCCUGACCAAGCUCAGGAGCAGUCCACGACGCCGUCGCGUCCGCCAAAGCAGCCUCGGACGGGCCGGUCGCCGCCUGAGCGCAUGCAGGUCGGGGGCUUGGGGGUAAUGGCGGGGACGGCAGAGCCAGGACCGCUGGCCUCUGUGCCAGCGCCGCCUGCAGCUGCCUCACCCGGCAAGCUACCGGUGGCAAGUGCCUUGCCAGGCACCAGCGCCGCGACUGCACCAGGCGCUAUGGGGCGUGCGGGAACGCACAGCGCAUCAGCUGUCUCAGCUGUAGGCGUGCCAGCACCGGUCGCAUCAGGGAUAGCAAGUGGACCUGUGGCCGCGCCACCCGCGGCCGCAAAUGCGGCAUGCGCCCAGCACGCAAAGCGCUCUGCUGCUGGGGGAGAUGCGCGCAGGGCCGACGGGGAGCAUGACGCAAAGCGCGUCCGCGUCGACUCAGGUGGACACGGGCAGCAACAGCCAGGGCGGCCGCCUUGGCCCCCGGACGGUCAGCAGCAGUGGCAGGAGCUCGCUGCACAUCCGCAGCAGAGUACUCAUCAGCAGCAGGGUUCUAAUCAGCCGCAACAGCGAUUGCACUUGUACCAUCAACCACAACACCAACACGCAGGGCAGCAACGCUCCGAGCAGCCGCAGCAGCAUUACCCAUACCAACCGCAACACCAACAGCAGCAACAGCAACAGUACGCGCAACAGCAGCAGCAUCACCACCACCAAUACCCACACCAGCAGAACCCGCAGAUGUUGCAGCAAGCGCAGCCCCAGUAUGCUCGACAGCAGCCACAGCAGCAGCAGUGGCAAACAGGCGGAGGCCAGGGCUCACGUGCCAAUGUCGGACCGCCAAAUGGAACGCUGGCACGGCCCUGCGGGCCGCCCCCCCCGACAGCGCAAGCAACAGCGGCCGGGCCUUGGUUAGGCGCUGGUCCCGGGCCCCCACCUGGGGCCCCUGGAUUCCAGCAGGGGCAUGCGGCUGGGGACAUGAGGCCCCCCAGCCACGGGCCACCACAGCAGCUGCAAGGGCCACCGCUGCCGCAGGGGUUGCGGCCGCCACAGCCUCAGCAACUGAAUCAGCAACCGCCGCUGCCGCCACCGCCGCAGCAGGCGCAGUACCAGCACCAGCAGCAGUACGGACACGCCACAGGUGGCAGCACGUAUCCAUCUGGCCCAAAUGGCGCCGCGUGCUACCAGCCUGGCGCUCCCCAACAACUACCGCAGCCAGUGAACCCCUACCUGCCACCUGGCCAGCCGCAGCACCCACAGCUCGCCGCAGCGCCCUCGGUGCUGGAGCCGUCACACCAUCCCCCGCCGCCGCCUCACCCGCAGCUGCCAUCACUUGCUGACAAGCGGAAGCUCAUGUCGCCAGCGAGGCAGGGCGCCAGGGUCACAAGCCCAGGGCGCACGGGCCGCUCGCCAGGUCGCUGGCCGGGUCGCAGCCCGGGCCGCGGUGGCGCCGCAGCGUCUCCUCGGGGCGCGGGCCAAGGCGGGCUGGAGUCGGCACAGCAGCAUUCUGGCGCUGGGGCCGCCGCAGCUGGCGCCGCUCCAGUGGGCGGCGGCGCCAGCGCCGGCCCGAACGGGGACGAGUCGUAUCUGCACGCGGUGCAGUCGCAGGUGCCCAUGCUGCGCGUGCCGGGCUUCACCGUCCUGAAGUCGGCGGGCGAGGUGGCCGCGGCCUGCGAGCAGCUGCGGCGCGUCGGCGUGUGGGCCUUUGCACUCGACUUUGCUGAGGGGGGCACGACAGCGGCUCCCGCCGGCGCCAACACCAACCUGCAGCUGCCGAGCGUGCCGCAAGUGGCGCUGGGCCGCGGCAUCGCCACCAACAGUGUGGGGCUGCCACAGCACUUUGAGCUGGAGCCGCUACCUGCCGGCGGUUGCGGGCCGGCGGCGUCAGCGGGUGGCAUGCCGACGUUUGCGCUUGGGGAGGCCGCCGCCUCGGUCACGGGCCGGCUGGAGGGCAUUGCCUUGUGUGCGGCCGAUGGCUGCGCCGUGUACAUCCCUCUGGCUGCCACGGUGGCGCUUCCUGGCGCCGAGGGAGGCAGCAGCGGUGGUGGGGCUGGAGGCGCACCGGCAGCGGUGGAGAAGGCGGCGCGAGAGGCAGAGGCGGUGUGGUUGGAGGUGCGGCAGCUGCUGGCACACAAGCAAUCUACCAAGGUGACCUUCGAGCUCAAGAGCCAGCUGCUGAUGGCCCGUGCCGCCAUACAGGCCGCUACUGCCACAACUUCCAAAGCAGCCAUUGCCGGCUCAGGGGACCGGACCGCACCCGACACUUGGGCCGGUGCGGGCGGCAGCCGCGCGGGCUCAGCGGCGGGCGCUUUCACAGCUGCACUUGCGGCAUGUGACGCCUCUGGCCAAGCUGCUGGGUUACCUAUGUCUAAGGCGGCAGCAGCGGAAGCCGGCAUGGGCGCAGCCGCAGCCGCUGCAGCUGCGGCUGCUGCUGGUGGGGGUGGCGGCGGGGCGCUGCCGCCACUGUACGUGGCGGACCCCGUGGUGGAUGUGCGCAUACUCCUCUGGAUGCUGAACCCGGAUGACCCUAUAAACAUGCCGCGUGGCAAGUCGGGCAAGCUGUCGCUGACCAAGGGCCUGGAGGAGCGGAUGAAGAUGCCCGAGGUGUGCGGCUCCACCGCCCACACAAAGGCACUGGGUGUACUCAACUGCGCGGGGGUGGUGGUGCGGCAGCUGCCCACACGCCAGGCGGACGCAUGUCGCCGCGCGGCCAUGGUGCGGCGCAUCUACAUAGACAAGCUGCCACGGCUGCAGUCUGAGGGGCUGUUGCGGCCGCUGCUGGAGCUGGAGAUGCCGCUGGUGCGCAUCCUGGCGCGCAUGGAGGGCGAGGGCAUCGCGCUGGCACCGCAGGUGCUGAAGGACCAGCGCGGCCCGCUGGAGGCCCGGCUGCGGCAGCUGGCGGCCAAGGCGCACCUGGCCGCAGGCAUGACGUUUGACCUCAACAGCCCCAAGGACGUGUCCGAGGUCCUCUUCCAGCACCUCAACCUGCCGCCGCCGCCCUGCGCCUUCAGCAACCAGAACCAGCGCCACCCCUCCACCAAGAAAGAGGUUCUGGAGGAGCUGGAGGAGAGCACGCACCACCCCAUCAUCCGACUGCUGCUGGACUACCGCACGCUGCACAAGUUGCUGACCGGCUUCGUGGAGACGCUGUACCACACAGCCAAGGGGCAGUGGCAGCGCCAGCAGCACGAGCUGGAGCGGUGCCAGGGUCAGGGGCAGCAGCCUCAGAGAGGCGGCGCCGCAACCGGUGGCGCGGUAAAGCCUGGCGGCCCCGGGCCCGUGCCAGACGUGAUCAGGCUGUGUGGCACCUGGCUGCACACCAGCACCGCCACCGGGCGCCUGGCCAUGGAUGAGCCCAACCUGCAAACCGUGCCGCGGCCAGUGGAGUACACCUUCAUGGCUAGUCAGCUCAGCCAGGCCUCCGCCGGCACACCGCCAGCGGCAGGAGCGGACGGGGCCGAGCUGAAGCUGCUGCCAGGCGAGGAACGAGGAGGAGGAGCCGGAGAGGGCGGCCGCAGCGUGACGCUACACUUCAACCUCCGCAGCGCGUUUGUGGCGCCGCCAGGCUACAUGGUGUUGGCAGCCGACUACAAACAGAUCGAGCUGCGGCUCAUGGCGCACUUCUCCAGCGACGCGGCGCUGUGUGCGCUGCUGCGCAACCCGGCGCAGGAUCCCUUCAUCCUGCUGGCCGCGGAGUGGAAGAAGGUGCCGGUGGAGCAGGUGACUCCGGAGGUGCGGGUGCAGGCCAAGCGGCUGGCUUACGGCAUGCUGUACGGCAUGGGCACCAACACGCUGGCGCAGGAGCUGGGCGUGUCGGUGGCGGAGGCAGGCGAGCUGUCCGACAACUUCCGCCGCGCCAUACCCAGCGUGGAUCGUUGGAUGCGCGAGGUAGUAGAGGCAGUGCGCAGCUGCGGAUACACCACGACGCUGAUGGGCCGGCGGCGCUACUACUCGCGGAUCAACGAGCGGGCCAGCAAGGACGCGCGCAGCGCCCGAGCCCAGGCGGAGCGGCAGGCGGUGAACACGGUGUGCCAGGGCAGCGCCGCGGACCUGAUCAAGGCAGCCAUGGUGACGCUGCAGCGGCGGCUGGAGGCGGAGGGCCUGGCGCCGCACGUGCGCAUGGUGCUCAUGGUUCACGAUGAGCUGGUGUUUGAGGUGGCGGAGCAGCUGCUGCCGGCCGCCGCGCGGCUGGUGCAGGCGGUGCUGGAGGGCGAGGUGGCGCUGAGCGUGCCGCUGCCCGUCAAGCUGAGCGCGGGGCCGUCCUGGGGCCAGCUGCGAGACUACGAGCCGCCGCCAGUGCCGCCGUUGCCGCACCAGCAGCAGGAGCAGCAGCAGCAGGACCAGCAGCAGCAGCAGUCGGCACUGGGAGCGCCGCCUCCUGUCUGGCGGUAGAGCGUCAGCUAGCGGUAGCAAAGACGCGGCCCGUGAUGUGGAGGCUGUAUCAGUACAGGAGUAGUUGACGUGACCACGUGUAUGUUUCAAUGUCAUACAGAAGGGUGCCUGGAUCCAGUGAUCAACAGCAUGAUUAAACUUGCAGGAUGUCUGCAGGUUGCCGCCAGGCGGGUUGACGGUGUUACGGUACUAGUUUUGAGCUUGCCUCGAGAAUCGCGUCUGUACAGGAGGGCUGCAGGGACUUGAGGGCAGAUACCGCACAGCCAUGUGGCCAUGGAGUGACGGCCUCGACAGGGCGCUCGGGCACUGUAUCAGGCUGCAGCAUGAGUAUUAUUAGCCGCCCAGAGGCAGCUCCGUGAGGCAGCUCAGCUGAUGCGUGAAAGAGCCAGGGACACUGGAGAGGAGGGACGACGGAGGAUGGCGGCUAAGUUG